AUGCCUGAGCAUCUUGGACUACUUCUUGUCCAUUAUCUCCACCAUAUUUGCUCAAAAGCUUUUUCACGGAACUCCAAGCUCUUCUCAUGUUUCGGCAACGCCAACGGCAAUGUCAGUCUAUCCGCGUCUUUUUGGUCGACCAUCGCGUCGGAAAUGUCAUCAUUGCCUAAACCAUCCAUGACUUCCCCAGCAAGCGAGGUUGAAAGUAAAACACACAACUUAUCGCCCAUCUUUCAGCACAGCCCAGUCAUAAAGAAUCUUGACAGUGUUGGGACGAAGACCAUCAUUCAAAGACGAGGAACGGCUAUGAAAGCCAGCAUCUCUAGAUCAGCGCUUGGGAAAGACUCGACAAGCCACAAGCGGGUGAAGACACAAGCAAGCCAGAACCAAGAUCAACUAAUAGUCAACACCCCACAAAAUAUUGCCGUACAUUCAACGCCUCAUAACUUUGAGGUGCAGACAUUUGGCCUGGGAAGAACCACGCCAGCCUUUUGGGCAAAACAACUACUAUCAGAAGAACAACAAAGCAACCAAGAUCCAUCGUUAUUUGACGCCGCACAAAGUGUCGUUUGCUUCUUGGUGUAUAUAGACACUAAGUUUAAGCAUAUCGAACAGAGAACCGGGCCAGAAUCUUAA